AUGGGACUUGCUAUCAGAGAUGCUGCCUCUACAAAGACGCACGAAAUGCCUCGAGAUUUGUCCUUUGUUUUCGGCAUCAUCCCAAAGGAUGUCUUUGACGCGAUGUCGGAAGGUGUCGUGAUUGGCGACAGCGCGCAAGACUUCGACAUUACGCGGAUAUCGACAGGUCAGACUAGGGCUUGGAAGGCGACCGAGGAAGUCAUGAUAGAAGAGACCAAGAUUCAAUAUGUGAAAGAAAGCUUGCCUAGCGAGUUACUUAGCCCUAUUUGCGAUAUUCUGCCAAACAGCGACAUCAAGAAUCUUCGACUCGCCGGCCCUCUUCUCGGUCGAAAGUGCCAACUGCAGAUCAGUCGCGUUUUUAUAUCGCCCAAUCCUCGCAAUCUUGAUGUAGUCCGCUCCACCGCUAGCCUUGAAACCUAUCACUUAGGCAUAGAAGAGGUCAUCUGGGACGAUGCCACCUUGAUGCCUUUCGGACGCGACGAAGUACUAUUCGACGAGUACUCCGACGAGAGCGAGGAAGAGGACUCCGCAGAGAAAGACGCUGAAGGCAGAGAGUGUUUUUCGUGGUAUACUCGUGGUUGCAAGAGGAACAUCAAAGCCGUAAAGGAUCGCAUGGCGGACCAGGUUUCACGGCCCGAUGCUCUGUCCUGGAAAGCCAACGGCGAGCUAUCAUGGCGUCAAAAAACGGACGAGGAUGUCCUUCGCUAUGCUCUUCACCAGUUCCCCAAACUGAAGAGAGUGAUCGUCACACCGGCUGCUCAGGGAUAUCUUUUUGAGCCGCUCUACAAAAUACCCAUGAUUCGGUCUUUCCCAUAUGAUUUAAUCUAUCCUGUACCCCGCGGGUGGCCCACACCUUGGCCUAGACGCCCCUGGGCAUUUGUCAUGCCGUGGAUUGGCGACGAGGCCGUUGAGGAACAGAAGAACCAAUGGCAUGGUGCCCGAAUCGUCACAAAAGUCCUGGCUGAAAUGAAGCACAACGUCACGGAGUUGAUCUUUGACGAUCAUCUGCUCCAAACUGGCAUCAAUCACUUAGCCCUCAAUCGAGGCACGGAAGAAUACAACAAUUUUUGCGAUAUAAUAAAGUGUCCCGGUUUCCGGAAGCUUAAAUUAUCUCUGCUCGUUGGUCUCUGGCUUGCCGAAGAAUAUGAUAUAUAUGAAAAAAGGUACUUACGCGACGCUCUUUAUCAAGCAACCGAUAUGAGGCAUUUCAGCUUUCAUACUGACUUUGCCACGAAUCGCUAUACUUCCACAGUCGACAUACAUCAAUACGCAUCGCUAUUCGACGUCUUUCCUAUUGACCGCUGGCAGAAGCUCACGCACUUCGGGCUAUCAAAUGUACUAGCAACACAGAAUGAUCUUAUCUCUUUCCUAUCAAAGUUGCCGCCAACAGUACAAACCGUUGAGCUGAGCUUUCUAACUUUCAUGAAAGGUGAAGGCCACUAUAGAAGCUUGAUAGAAGAUAUCCGCGAUAAGCUCAAUUGGAAACAUCGACCUGUGGAGGAAAAGAUCAAGAUACAUGUCAAGUCAUUUUGUUAUUUGUCAUAUUACGGCCGAUAUAUCUGUAUUAAUAGGGAAAUCGAAGAAUAUGUCUAUAAUGGCGGAUCACAACCAUUCCAACUUGGGCAGCGCGGUAAUGGCUCAGAUGUUGAUCAGGGUACCGGUGUACAGAGAGACUUGUUCGAUCCGUCAUGGGAACGGCCUAAUGAGUCUUCCUAG